GUUUCCGUUUUAUACCGAGGCUCCAUGCGAGCGAAUAGUCGCGGCGCUGAGACGCGCGUUCUCGUCCCCCGGGAGCCCGAAAUCGCUUCAGCCGUGGAUCACGCAGGCGAGGCUGGCCAAGCGGCGGUCACUAAGCACCGGAAGUCCCGGCGCAAGAAACCAAGGAACGCCGCCGGCGAUACCAAAGUGAAAGGAAUGACGAAUGUAUGCGCUGAAUUCCGGAAAGAAAUACACAAGUCUUUCGUCCUGCCGGCGAUGACGACGACACCAUCGUACUCGAUGACAACAAUACCGAAUCAAACCAGUUCAACUACAGCCAUGCGACCCCGAUCUCUCUAUACCGCGCAUAAUUAUCAUCCUCAACCAGAAGAUGCCAACUUUCAACGAUACGGCGAGCUGUCCAAAUACUUCGAACCUCCGGCGGACCAAUGGAGCGGUCUGGGUGGCACAGCGACUUCGGCGUAUUCGGGGUCAGCUGCGAUCUGGCGGCAGGCCAGGAAGUCGAUCGCGGGCGGGCCUUAUUAUGCGACCGAGGAGGCCUCCAUCUACACGGAGAAUUGGAGGGAGCAUGACGCCGCUGACGCCAGCGUGGGCGGCGUCGUUGCAACCCCCCACGGCACCAUAUCUUUACGACUGCACAACAGGAUACGCGUAGACCUGACCGUCGACCGUGCCGUUAGGGUCAUCAACUUCAAGAAUAACAUAGUCCUGUCGCUGAGUGGCCGCGGAGCGGACGCGGCCUUGCUGCAUCCGAACGGUAGGAUAUAUCAAUACGGGUCACGGGUGGAGAUCGUCGCGCACGACAGUCACGGCAACAACAAGUACGCGAAGAUGUGGUACAAGGGGGUCAGUUUCACGUCGGAGCAGUGCGCGCUCGUUUACCUCGUAGACACGGCUGGGACCAGGACCACCACAGAUUCCUUCUCGGACAUGAGCCAGGACUUCUCGCUGAACGUCUUCUACACGGGCUCCCGUCACGGACCGGCGUGGCUGCAGGAAGCCGCGGCGCAUCUCAGUACGGCUGAGUACUGGCAAACGGAGGAAGGAGUUGAGAAUUGGAUUAUCAACAACGUCAGAGUGUCCCAAACUCCCGACGGUCUCGUUAGGAUUGCACGAAACAGCAACAAAUACCAACUGCGCACAUCGCCCAGCAACGGUACGGCGUCUUUGACGACGCCCUUCCUACACUGCACCGCUUCCUUGGGCCAAACGUCGCAUCUGUUCGUGCGUCGUGGCGAACGUCGCAUGCACUACGACGGCACCAGUUUUAUCGUGAGGAACGCGGGGCACAGCGCCGGCUUCGACGACAAUAACCAGUUGAAGGUGUAUUAGAAGAGAGCCUCGUGGACU